AUGUCCGCUGCUCGGGAGGGCUCCCGCGAUGGCGGUGCCGGGCCCUCUGUUCCUCAGCCGGUGAAGACUGCACAGGCGGUGACGCAGGCUGCACCCCAGAAGCAACUCGCUGAAGCGAAGGAGACGCUGCACGUGGCGGUACAGAGGCCUGGGCGGCUUGUCUGCCUCAAAGCGCUGUAUGCCUGCUUGGCUGAGGGAGCAGACGUCAACGAGAAGGAUGCUGACGGGUGCACCGCCCUGCACCUGGUCGCCUUUUAUAACCCAGACCCGGCAGCGGUGGGCGCCGUGAUUGCGGCGCUGGUGGCAGAGGGUGCGGAUGUGUGCGCCAAGGCCAAGGGCGGUGCUGAGCCGCUGCACUGGGCGGCAAAGAACCCACAUGCGGCAGCUGCGGCAGCGGCGGUGCAGGCGCUGGUGGCAGCUGGUGCAGACCUGACAGGCAAAGAGACGAAAUCGGGCGCGGAGCCGCUACACUGGGCAGCAAAGAAUACCAACGCUGAGGCAGCGACAGCGGCGGUGCAGACGCUGCUGAAGGCUGGCGCAGACGCGGGGGUCUGCACCAGCGCUUGCGACAAGGCAGGCGCUCCUCCCUGGCUUCUGGUGCUGGAGCGCGCGGAUGUAGCAGCAUGCGGCGAGCUGCUUCAGCUGCUGGCACCUGGGGAGCACACCGCUGCAGCAGACGGCGCAGGCAGCAGCAGCGACGGCAGCACAGAGCAGCUGCUAAAGGCGACGGCAGCGGCCGUCCGCCAGCUGCUGAAGCGCAAGCAGCCUGCUGAGGCGGAAGCGGCCGGGGGCGAGUGUGUGGUGUGCCUGGAUGCGCCGCGCACGGUGGCGCUGCUGCCGUGCGGCCACCUGGCGCUGUGUGCGGGCUGCGCCAAGAAGGAGGAGGCGCGCCGGCGGUGCCCGGUGUGCCGCAAAAAGUGCGGCAAGCCCCGCGGCAAGGCCGUCACCAUCUACCACCCCUGA